CGAAUCAAACCACAUGUAUUUGUCACGUACACAUGGUUUGCAGGUGUUAAUGUGAGUGUAGUGAAAUGCUUGUGCUUCUAGUUCCGACCAUGCAGUAAUAUCUAACAAGUAAUCUAACCUAACAAUUCCACAACAAAUACCUUAUACACACAAGUGUAAAGGAAUUCAUACGAAUAUGUACAUAAAAAUAUAUAAAUGAGUGAUGGCCGAACGGCAGAGGCAAGAUGCAGUAGAUGGUAAGUGUACAGUAUAUACAUAUGAGAUGAGUAAUGUAGGGUAUGAAACAUAUAAAGCGGCAUUGUUUAAAGUGGCUAGUGAUACAUUACAUCAAGAUGGCAAGAUGCAGUAGAUAGUAUAGAGUACAGUAUAUACAUAUGAGAUGAGUAAUGUAGGGUAUGAGAACAUUACAUAAAGUGGCAUUCGUUGAAGUGGCUAGUGAUACAUUUAAUUACAUUAAGAUGGCAAGAUGCAGUAGAUGGUAUAGCGUACGGUAUAUACAUAUGGGAUGAGUAAUGUAGGGUAUAUAAGGUGACUAGUGAUAAAUUGAUUACAUCAAUUUGUCCUUUAUUAAAGUGGCUGGAGUUGAGUUAGUAUGUUGGCAGUGAUGUUAGUGAUGGCUGUUUAACAGUGUGAUGUCCUUGAGAUAGAAGCUGUUUCUCAGUCUCCCGGUCCCCGCUUGAUGCACCUGUACUGACCUCGCCUUCUGGAUGAUAGCGGGGUGAACAGGCAGUGGCUCGGGUGUUUGUUGUCCUUGAUGAUCUUUUUGGCCUUCCUGUGACAUCGGGUGGUGUAGGAUGUCCUGAAGGGCAGGUAGUUGAUUGUUGAUUGGACCAAAUGUCUGGCAAAAGUAAUUGCUGUACAAUGGAGAAACUGAAUGUAAUUAAAGGGGAUUUACACAAGAAAAAUAAGGUGUUACUUUUUUUCUUCCAGACCUUAUGGAUGGACUUCUGAUGAGAUUUAGGCAUUGACAUGGACUCAGACCAUCCAUUUGCGUUGUUUCUCUAUGAAUAAUUGUAAUAUUAAGAGUAGAACACAGAAUUUUAAAAAAUCCUAAAACAGGACAAAUAAAACAGAGAAAACAGAAUUCAGGAAAAUACCAAAUAUUAUUUUACGGGUCCCCCUUAGAGUUGUUUAUUAACCAUUCGCUGGGUAUAUUGACAGAAAACACAUCUCUUGUACACCAAGGACCUGGGGAGGUGUUUCGGGGGUGGAGGAGAGAAGAAAGUACCUACUUUAAUGCCUAUCAAAAAAAUUGUGACAAGUUACAUUUUCUAUGCUAGAAAAGGUUGGAGACCCCUGCAAUAGGAUAUUUAUGAUAUUGAAUAUCGAGUAUAUUGAGAAAAUAUUUGAUUGAGGACUGAGUAAUAACUGUAAUAAAAUCAUCAUCAGGUGGGUGCUUACAUUGGUCCUAUUUCACACAUAAUCAUGUGAAUUGGAAAUGAGUUUUUUUGCAUAUCCAAAUCUCCCUGAGACACCCUCUGAGGUUUCACUGUGACCAUGGAGCAAUUCAUGUGAAGUGUCAUGCUCAAGGGCACAUCGGCAGAUUUUAGACGGCUUUUAGCCGACCUUUCGGUUACUGGCCCAACGCUCUUAACUGCUAAGCUACCUGCCGCCCCCCAAGAUAAGGUAUACUUUAUUAGUCCAGACAGAAAUGUAUCUUCUUCUUUUACCCAACCCCUCCGAUACACACACAUACACAUACACACAAUCGGUUAGAGAGGCUAGAGCAGUGGGCAGCCGCAGUGCAGCGCCCAAUGAGCAGUUUAGGGGGUUAAGUUAAGUUCAGAUAUUGAUGCCAGCAACCCUCCCUGUUCCCGGCUCACUCCCGCCAGAUUUCUUUCCUCUGUCGUCACUGGGAUUCAAACAGGAAACCUUCCAGUUGCUGGCCCGCUUCUCUAACUUCGGGGCUACCGUGUAGAGAACAACAGUGUAAUAACCAAUAGACAGUAACAAUCAGGGCCUACCUACCGGUAUAUAUAUUUCAUAACCCAGAUUCGCUAGUCAUUACUCAGCAUCACCACCCAUCUCCCUCCUUUCCAGGCAUCGUGUCCAUCAUGAGUCUCUCUGCCCUGGCCUAUGAGCGCUACAUCCGGGUGGUCCAUGCUAAGGUGGUGGACUUCCCCUGGGCCUGGAGGUGCAUCACUUACAUCUGGCUCUACUCCCUGGUCUGGACAGGGGCUCCUCUCCUGGGGUGGAACCGCUACACUCUGGAGAUCCACCAGUUAGGCUGCUCUCUGGACUGGACUUCCAAGGACCCUAACGAUUCCUCCUUCGUCCUCUUCUUUCUCCUGGCCUGCUUCUUCGUACCAGUGGGCAUUAUGAUCUACUGCUACGGGAACAUUCUUUACACAGUACAAAUGCUCCGCUCCAUCCAGGACCUUCAGACAGUGCAGAUUAUUAAGAUCCUGCGCUACGAGAAAAAGGUGGCCGUCAUGUUCCUCUUGAUGAUCUCCUGUUUCCUGGUGUGCUGGACGCCCUACGCCGUGGUGUCCAUGAUGGAAGCCUUUGGCAGGAAGAGCAUGGUCACCCCUGCCGUCGCCAUCAUCCCCUCCUUCUUCGCCAAGUCCAGCACGGCCUAUAACCCUCUCAUCUACAUCUCCAUGAGCAGAAAGUUCCGGCGCUGCUUGCUGCAGCUGUUGUGCUCCCGGCUCUCAUGGAUUCAGCACAGGGUUAAGGACCGCCCCCUGGCCCGGAGCAUCGAGCGGCCCAUCCGCCCAAUCUUCAUGUCCCACCGAGGAGAUGGGGAACGACCAAAGAAGAGGGUGACCUUCAGCUCCUCCUCCAUCAUCUUCAUCAUCGCCAACAACGACAUUCACCACCUGGACACCACCUCCAAGAGUGGCCGUAUGUUGUCAGAGGUCAUCCAGGUGCGGCCGCUGUGACAGAGCAUUAUGGGUACUGCAGUACGUCAUGCUACACCCAGGCCACCAUGGGAACUGACUAAUCACCUCCAUCUAACACCUGUUCCUCUGUAUACCUCAGGACUUCCUCUCAUGAUGCAGUAAACCCGGAGGCGUUUCCUCUCAAAAGCCAAAACACCUUUUUGACCCAAGAAUACUGGAAGUGUUUAAUGUCCUGUUCUCAGACUGUCUCGCCAGGAAACACUUUUUCUACCAACAGUUGUGGUAAACAAAUGAUGUAGCUGUGAAUUUGUGACGUAUCUCUCUCAACUUGUACCCUGUUAUUUUCAACAGUGCCUAUGUAAUCGUGUCAGCCAGCCUUCGACAUAGUCUCAUUCUGAGUUUAGUGUUUUUAAACAGGACCUCCUGUGUGAUGGCGGAGGCUAGCAGUGUUAAUGGAUCAGUGAUUGGCUGAGGAAGUGAUGUUGAUCAUUAUUAUUACCCUGGUUGGCAGCAGUGCAGUGCAGUGCAGCAGUGCUGAAUGACUGAUGGGAAAAGCCUUGCAAUAUUGCAGCAGCACAUUCUGCACAAUACUCUCUCCGCCUUUAUUGUGUCUGGAUGUGAGAAAGAGAUCCUAUUUUAAGAAAGCCACAGAUGAGAUGUAUUUAAAAAAAUAUUUAAAAAAAUCUUCCUAAUUUAAUUGUCACCACACUCGCUAGCGUGAUAAGUGCAAUCACUGUGAAAUGACAUUUCGUGGAAUUAUUUACGUAGAAUAAUAUGAAUGUAAUUAAAGAGGCAGGAGAUUGUGGUCAAGAUCAGACUGGUUCCACAGGCGGCAGCGAUAAGAAACUCCAGCGGCUCCAGGUUGCAGAUGGAGCUCCCUUCAUAAGCCUCCCGAGUCGUCCCCUAUGAGUAGAGUUGAUGAGGAGAUGAUCUUAUUCAGCUCUAUAUAGGCACCAUGUCAUCAUAUACGUACAUCUGUGGUGACCUGAGACUGUUGUAAGAGCAAGCCAAUCAUCAGCCUAGCUAGUAGCUACCACUUUGAGCUUGACAUUUACAGUAGAAUUAUAGGUCUGGUUUAUCCCACAGAAAACGUUUUUCAUAAAAAUGUGUGCGCCUUAGAUGUUUGUCCUUUUUCACUCAAAACAUGUUAUUCUGUGUGAAGGACUCCAUGAUUAAGAAGUGAGCAAGUGUGAAAGAUCUCAAAUUCAUUAAAUUAAUCAACAGGUUUUGCAAGCCAUAACUCCGCCACAAGCAAAUUGUAUUAACAAUGUUUAUAACUUUAAUGAUAAAUAAUUAUUUGUCAACACGGGUCAUGCAGCCAUGACUACUAGUUGUAUUGUUGAGCAGUAACAUUGUGAUCAUGGCACAGCAUUAAGACGAGUGGCAGGGUAGCCUAGUGGUUAGAGUGUUGGUCUAGUAACUGGAAGGUUGCAUGUUCAAACCCCUGAGCUGACAAGAUACAAAUCUGUCAUUCUGCCCCUGAACAGGCAGUUAACCCACUGUUCCUAGGCCGUCAUUGAAAAUAAGAAUUUGUUCUUAACUGACUUGCCUAGUUAAACAAAAAAGACCAGAGUAUCUUAUUUUUGCUCAUAUCCUUGCCUCAAUCAAAAAAAUAAAUACUGUGGUUUUAAUGUACUGGCCUCAAACAUUAUUUACUGUAUUUAUGUUUGAUUCAACACACCCACAAAAAAGCCACUUAAGUUAUUUUCUGGCAUGUUGACCUCACAUGGAACUGGGACAAUAAUAUGCCACAAAUUAUUUGGAAUGUUUAAUUACUGCAACAUGACUGACAUGAGUUGGAUGUUAGUUAAUAAUGAUUAAUAAACACUUGAGUAAAUGAGGGACACAAAGUAUUUUUAAAGUAGGUGCUUCCACACAGGUGUGGUUACUGAGUUAAUUAAGAAAUUAACAGCCUAUUAUGCUUAGGGUUAUGUAUAAAAAUGCCCAGUUGCCCAUUAUUUUGGUUACCAUGGCUAGAAGAAGAAUUCUCAUUAACUUUGAAAGAGGGGUAUCAUUUUGGCAGUUACCUGUACAUUAACACAAAAUGUGCCCCACAGGCCUUCAAUUACAGUCAAUAAAAUUUACAUUAUGAAAAAAUUACAUUGGUAAUUGGGUCACAGAACACUGUAUUUUUCCAUCUUGUUUGUAGCUCCGUUUUCACCCCUUUAUCUGGGACUAAGAGGUAUUAGCCCACAAAACCUCAGAAGGGACUCUUGAGGGCCUGCAGCCUGGUCCACAGCUGCUCGAUGGAGAUGUUUGGCAUGUUAGGGUGGUAUCUGACUAGAAGGUAGGAGCCUCCCACAACAGAUGCUGCCACACAUAACAGGCAUUGGUUGAUCACCUGAGGGGAACAAAAUAAUUCAGUUUCUUAAAAAUUGGAAAUCAAAUGAUCCUCCAUCGUUAAGACUAUUUAAAUAUUGAAAAUGUGGGCUACAGAAAAACAAAAUAGCACAAUUUGAGUUUUAAAAGCACUAGAAAUGAGCACAAGGUGAAAGGAAAUUAAAAGUGAAAGGAAAUGUUAUGAGAAUAAAACAAGAAAAGUGUUGAAGUAACAAACAAAAAAAAAUCAGAUGACUGAAACUUCAGUCUCAGAUCGAUUGUCUAUAGCCAAGUUAAUCUCCCCUUUCAUGUAAGAAAGUAAUGACAAUCAUGCUUUUUUGGAAAGAGCAUAAUUUUGUACAUAUAUUAAACUGUGAGAUUGACCAAUUCCAGUCCACUUGCGUAGAAGGACUGAUAAACUCAGUUUUGGUGACUUUUUAAGAAGACAU